AUGAAUUCUAUCUUCUUCCUACUCAUCGUUCUUGCCUGGAUUCCAACGUUUGGAAGUACUCAGGGGCUUCUUGAUGAGCUAACCAAUGAUCUUUUGGCGAGAAAGCACUUGACGAAAACUGAAGAGGAGAUUCGUAAGGUGUUCCAAGAUUUGGACAAAGACGGAGAUGGCUUCAUCUCUGUUGCUGAACUGCAAGCCGUCAUGACCAACUUGCAAGCAUGGCUGACUGAAGAAGAGAUCGACGAUGGGAUUCGUAGCGCCGAUAUCAGCGGAGAUGGGCUGGUCGAUUUAGAGGAGUUCAUCGAUGUGACCAUGCAUUCGCAGCAGUAUAGUAAGAGAAUCACAAACAGUAACUUUUCCGUUCCCCUGAAAAAUUUUGAAUAA